GAAGAGGAACUCGGAGGCCAGCCAGCAGCACUCCACUCCCUCCAAUGUCUUCUGGUGGCCGAUGAACGUUUCAGCUUCAGUCUUUCUUGCUCGUACAAUCUGUGACGACGCCGUGAAACCGAUUCAUCGUCACACAGAGUUUGAAGGGUAAUUCGUGAAGGGACGAUAUGCAUAUCAUCGCGUCUUGUGCAACGUCCUGAAAAUCGCUUCAUCGGCGACAAAGAGUGAGAAGAAAUUCCAUUCGUACCAAGGAGAAGAUAUAUUCAUUGAAUAUGAAUUUUUUCAAUAUUGUACUAAUUCUAAUUAGUAUUGAAAUUAUUCUACCAGCGGAUGGAGGAGGGGGAGGCGGAGGAGGUAAAGAAGGUCGGAAUGUGGAGGCUAAAAUCACGAAAAGGGCAAAACCUCUCGACCCGGAAGAGGAUGAUUAUUACUACGACGACGUCGACGAACGAAACAAUCCUACAAACGGUGCGCCGGUGGCACCACCGGGAUUCCUAAGCCCUUCCGUGAGAGAAUAUCUCGAUCUCGGAAAAUCCAUACCUGGGAGACCGGGAACGGACUAUCCGGUCCUUGGAAAAGUGCCAUACACGAAUUUCUACUGCGACGAUCAACCUUAUCCGGGUUUCUUCGCGGACGUCGAAACGAGGUGUCAAGGCUGGCAUUACUGCGACAUAGACGGUAGACAAGCUAGUUUUCUAUGUCCGAACGGCACGCAAUUCAGCCAAGCAGUUUUCGUGUGCGAUUGGUGGUUCAACGUGAGAUGCGAAUUGAGUCCAAAGCUCUACGUGAUCAACAGUCGCCUUUAUCAGAGGCCCACCGAAAGCCCUACGAGGCCGCAUCGCGUCAUCACCAAGGAGCUGCUCGAAAAUAUAUUCGUCAAACGGAAAUGAACGAGGAAGAGGGGAAAAUAAAAUUCUUCGAGAAUAAAAGUUAUUCGCAGACGGCGAAACAAAUUAUGGAAAAACAAGUAGUUUCUUAAACUCUAUGUACACCCGAAGCUAUGUUAUAUUACGUGCGUAUAAAAGAGGUGCAAAUCGAACACGUAUCAUGGGAAUUUACGGUAUUGAACGAGAAAAAAAAAAAAAGAAAAAUCAAAAACUCUCAUUGCCGUAGUUUUUGAUAAUUUUGACCCGAUACAUUCGAUUAUUGAAUAACGAUGAUUGCAGCGAAUAGAAUUAUAAAUUAGCUAUCGACUAACGGCUGACUUAAUUGCACACGGUCAAACGCACGCGUGUGUGUUAUAACGUAAUAAUCGGAAAAAGUGAUUAGCUGGGGAUUACGUUUACCUAUGUGCAGUUAUAAGUUAUAUUGUAUCAGACAGCUACUUUUGAGUGUAUAAUUUGUUUAGUUUUACAUACAAAUUAGUGUAUAUAUAUAUACAUCUAUACAUCACCUACAUCACCUACAAAUUCUAUGUGAACACGCGCCUAAACAAGCAAGUGAAAUAAUUAAUUAGUAUAAUUAAAUGCCGAGGUGACAGUGUGCUAAUUAAAAUUGAGACGAGUUUAAAUUUGUUAUUCUCAGAUUUAUUUUUGUUUCACGUUUUGUGUGCUUUACUUUACUUGAUUUUAUUUUAUUCUUAAUGAACUAAGUUCGACAUUAUUUUCUAUACUUGUUCAAUGCGUUUACUUUUUAUUUAUCAAAUCCAUUCAAAUUUAGAUAUAAUUUGUAUCGUGCAUACCUACAUAACAUGCGAUGGUAAAAUAUGAGGAAACAAAAAUUCAUUUUCAAAAACAGCACCAGGUGCUCGCGGGUCGCACUUUUCCGUUGAACGAAUUUCUUCAGUGCUCCCUUGUUAAUAUUAUAUACCCGACUGCGUGUGUAUACAGGUAUAUCCAAACAAUUUAGUAUGAAAAACGUUUAUCUAAAACGGGUCGAGGGUGCGAUACGAGGCUCGAUAAACUUUGAAAAGGGGUAUAGAAGAAAACCAGGUGCAGGGUUUGACGACAGGUAUAUAUGCCGUACCCGUAUACAUGUACAUGUGUGUGUAGUGCGACGGUGGAAAUUCGAAAGGAAAACGGUAAAAGAGAAUCCAUCAGGGAAUCGGGUAAUCAGGUAGUCCAAGCGACUCGCGAACACCUUGUUUUUACACAUCCAAUUUCGCUGUCGAACGAGGAGAAGAGAAAAGGAAGAAAAAAAAAUCGUUUCUAGCAACGCUGCUGUUUAUUUUUUCAUCACAUUUUUUUAUUUUUAGUCGCUGAAACAUUAUUUUUUAUUCUCCCUCUUUUCGGAAGAACAAACGAAAAUGUGAGAAAAAAUAAAAAUCUCCCUUUGCAGGGCGGGAAUGAAUCGAACGAUGCGGUGCAUUGUACAUUCAUACGUCUGUAUCAUCAGAAAUUAUGUGUUCCAAUUGCGUUAUGCAAAUUGUUUUCCUUUUCGCAUUUUUUAUUGGUUUUUUGGAACGAGAGGGGAUGCAAAAACGGGCGUAUAAAUGUAAGAACUGAAAUUGUACAAUACUCGUCGAGCGUCUACGAGUUGAUAUGCCUAGUUGAUAUAAAAUUAGGUGAAGUUUAGUAAUUUCAUUGUUUUACCAUACAACUAUGAAACCACAUAGGAUGUGGGUGCACGGAGUGAAGUCUUGUAGCGGUGCACAUGUGCGGUUCGCACGAGUUGGUGGAUAGCUGGUAUGCAUUUAAGUAUAAGUGCGUUUGCCGUGAAUAAGAAACAAUUUGAAACUCGAGGUACCUAUGCGUACUCUUUACUUCAUUCGUCGUCCUCGUCGUUAUGUACAUGGUGAAUAUAUAGCGAGGCUUUUAUGUAAAGGAAAAAUUAUUUUUUUUCCUUCACUUUAUAAAAUAUAUAGAGAAUAUUAUACACGUCGCGACAUUGCGUAUACGAUUUUUCAUUCAACUUUGAAGGAGGCAUUUUUAGUCAUAGUUUUUAUUUCUCACCACGCACUUACGGUAUAAGUGCAUGAAAACCAACCGCAUGUUACAGUAAUAGUUAUUAAUUUUCUUUGAUUUUGUUUCUACAUGGUCAAGUCACGAUAAUGAUUCCAAUAUAUCGAUCGGAUAUAAAAUAAAAUGCGCAAGAAAACCGGAGUUUCGGUGAUAAUGGAAAAAAAAAAAAUGUAACAGAUGAAAGAAUCUCCCUCUUUCAUGCGGCUUGGAAAAUGGUCGAUUGCAAUAUAUGUUGCGCGUUUCUUGGUGACUCACAACCAGAGAACUGGCAAUGGUGGUAGGUUUUUACCGAAGAGUAGAUAAGUAAUCCCCAAAGCGUAUUUAAACGAGAGGCGAGAACUUGCGAAUUCUCGUUAUCAUCCCCCUCAUCGCAUACGAGAUGCGUUCAACUUUCCCGCGCCGCAGGUUUCAAGAAAUCUGUUCAAUCAGCUCUUGAUACGUAUAUCGAGUAUCCUACGGUAUUCGCCAAGUUUGAAAGUGAUACUUUAGUUGGAUUAACGAACCAUCAGAUAUAGACACCGAGUCACUUCUCGAAAUUCACCGAUCGUUCGAUGAACGUUUAUUUUUUUUCUUCUCCAAUUUUGAAACAACCCAUCGGUUUCAAACUCGCACAGACCGACGAAUCGGAUGAAAUUAACAGGUCGGGCGUAGCGAGCAACCCGGAAGGUACGAUGAUAUUCUUAAUUAUAGUUUGAAAUAUUUUUUUGCUCUUCUUUAUCUAUCUUUCUUCCUAUUUUUUAUUUUUUUGCGAUAGAAUUUAUCGUCGCCCUUAGCCAAAUGUGCAACGGACAAGAGUUAAUCAAUGGAUAGCUGGAAGCGCGUGGAACAAAAUCAUCUUUCCUGACAGACGCGAGCCCGAGGCGUGUAAACUAGUAUGAAUAAUUAAAAUUUCCCUUUCAAGUUUUGGCUUUGUUUAUACAAACGAAAAUAAUUCGUUCUGCAACCGAUAUAUAUGAAAUACGUGAAAAGCAAAAUGAAGCUUCGAGCCAGUGAUUCGACGUGAUCGAAUCAGCACUAACGAAUGAAAAAGUAUUAUUAUUUAUCUCAUCGUUCUGUAUAUUUUACACACUUCACUCCCCACGGCCUAUACCUGUAUCAUACGUAUACAUAUAAAUGCGAAAAACGAUAAAACAAUAUGAAAAUACAAUUUUUUAUCGUCAAAUAAAUAAAUAAAUAAAU